AUGGGCAGUCUUUAUUAUUCGGGUUCAAGAAUGGUCAGGAAGGAUGAAGUCUCCUGUAAGCUGGUCAUGGGGGACGACAAGAAAACCGUAGUCUAUGCGGUGCGUAUUGGGGAUGGUCCAAUAAUGCAAAAAGUUUAUGAAGAAUAUGAGAAAUUUUUCUUGACGGAUGUCAAAGACAUGGUUCCCGAGAAGUUUACGAUUUUCCCAAAAAAGAAAUUGUUGCAAUCCAAGAAGACGUUCUUUGAGAAACGACGACUAUGGAUCCAGGACGUGUGUCAGCAUUUAGUUGAUAAUCAAACAAAAAGCGAGGAUGUUUGUCGAUUCUUCCAUAUUGAGGCUCCAGAUGACGAUGAUAAUACUGUGGAUCUGGGACCUAGUGAGAGGAAGACUGCCACCGCUAACGACUUUGAUUUCUUGACCACCAUUGGAAAGGGCAGCUUCGGAAGAGUCUAUCAAGUACGCCAUAAGGAGACUAAGAAAAUCUAUGCGAUGAAGGUGCUCUCCAAAGAGCACAUCAGAAAGAAAAAUGAAGUCAAACAUGUAAUGGCGGAGCGAAAUGUUCUUAUCAACAAUUUCAAGCACCCAUUCCUGGUGUCCCUUCAUUUCUCGUUCCAGAACAAGGAGAAACUGUAUUUUGUUUUGGACCAUUUGAAUGGUGGAGAAUUAUUCUCUCAUCUACAACGCGAAAAGCACUUCACUGAAUCUAGAAGCCGAUUUUAUGCUGCAGAAAUCGCCUGCGCUUUGGGAUAUCUUCACGAGAAGAAUAUUAUUUACAGGGACUUGAAACCGGAAAAUCUGCUUCUUGAUGACAAAGGAUAUCUAGUCCUUACCGAUUUCGGUCUCUGCAAAGAGGAUAUGCAAGGUAGCAAGACGACGUCAACAUUCUGUGGAACUCCAGAAUACCUGGCUCCCGAGAUUAUUCUCAAAAAGCCAUAUGACAAAACAGUGGACUGGUGGUGUUUGGGAUCUGUGCUCUAUGAGAUGAUUUUCGGAUUGCCUCCAUUCUAUUCAAAAGAUCACAACGAGAUGUAUGACAAGAUUAUCAACCAACCACUCCGUCUCAAGCAUACUAUCUCUGUACCAUGCACUGAGCUUAUCACUGGGCUCCUUCAAAAAGAUCGUUCGAAACGUUUGGGACACAAGAACGAUUUCCGCGACAUUCAAGAUCAUCCCUUCUUCUUACCAGUAGACUGGGAUAAGUUGUUGAAUCGAGAGUUGAAGGCGCCAUUUAUUCCGAAAGUCAAAAACGCAAUGGAUAUUUCUAACAUUUCCAAGGAAUUUGUGGAAAUUCAAAUUGAUCCUGCUUCUCUCGCACCUCAACAAUUGGCCGUCACUCACCGUGACCAUGACUUUGAGAACUUCACGUUCGUCGACACUAAUCGCGUGUUGGUUUGA